CCCUAGAAUAUUUUCCGAAAUUGAACUGUGCCAUAUUAUAAAGAAUCCUUUCGAUAAGGAUUAAUUGUCGGCUUCAUUUUCCAAAUAAUUAUAAACAACUCCUCUAGGUACAACCCUCUCCCCUCCCUUGUGCCGCGAUGAAUUCUACAACACCUAAAACCAUCAAGAAGAAUCGCCACCGCGCUGGGAAAAAGAAAAGAGCAAAAAUCCUCAAGGCUCAACAAAAAGCCCUAGAGCGGGCUUUCGAGGAGAUUGAGAAUUUCGUGGGCUACCCGCUGGAACACACCCCCCUUCCUCCUCCAGUCACAGACGCUCUGCCAGGAAGAGCAAUUUCUUCCCUUGAUCUGUUCCAAGAAGACACCGUCCCUUUGGAAAACUAUAACCAGUUAACGUCUAACGCGCCCGAAAUAAUCACGCUUAGCGAUUCCGAUCACGAUUCUCCGGAGUUGGAGCCUUUAGAUCCAACUGCGGAAUACCAUAGCGAUGCAGUAGCACAGAUUAUUAUAUUUCCUCCAGAGAAUUAAAUAAUACAUGUAAUAAUCCUAUACGUUGUUUUAUUAAUAAAUAUAUAUUUGGCAAUUGAUGGCUUUGACGACAAUUUUUAUAAAGAAUUGACGAUUUUGACGACAUUUGUUGAUUUUGACGUCGGUCGUCAAAUUUUUACACGUUCAAUCGACGAUUUUGACGACUGUCGUCAAACUAUUCUAAAACGGACAAUUGAUUAAUUUGACGACACGUGUAUAUUUUGACGACUGUCGUCAAACUAUUCUAAAACGGACAACUGAUGGAUUUGACGACACGUGUAUAUUUUGACGACUGUCGUCAAACUAUUCUAAAACACGCAAAUAAUGAAUUUGACGACACAUGCAUUUUUUGACGAUUGUCAUUAAACUAUUUUAUACAGUGUCAGAAAAUUUGCAUGAAGAUAGAGUGACCGCUAGGCACGCAGAGAGUUAUUGUUUAUAAACGACAAUGGCCAUGCCGAGUUUAUAAACAAUUUUAGCAAACCGCGAAUGCGCGUCCUGCUGGGCGGACUUAUCUCGCCACGCUUACCGGUACUUGGCGAUAUUUCCAAGUCGAUUACUUUUAAAUAAAAACUCAUUAAAUAUUGAAAAAAUUGAAAAAUGGUAUAGGACAUUUUCAGUCAAUUUAGUCUGCUCUACUAGAUGCAACUUACGUUAGCAGAUUUUGAGCACAGCCUGCUAUCAAUUUUUGAUAGCAAACAGACAAUAUUUAAUAAAAGAUCUAAUAUAUUUGAUUAAUUGAUUAGAUUUAAUUAAAUCGUGUUGCCAAAUAUAUUAGAUAUUUUAUUGAUCGUUUAAAUAUGCACGAUUCUCUUAUAUUGUACACGAUGCACAUAUGAAAACAAUAAGAUGAAGUCUUGUUAAAAUAAAUUCUGUAUUUUUUAACUAAACUCUUUAAGAAUCAGAAUUUGCCAAAAGAUCCCUGACAAAAUUUGACCACUCUUCCGAAUAACACAGAGCCAGAAAUCAUGUCACUCUUAGUAACAUUAAAAAUAUAUAAAAUAUAUGAAGCUUUUAAUAACAAGGAAAGAACAUGUAGAACAUACAAUAAUGUAUUUUUUCACUUAGUACAGUAGAUAACUCACCACCAUGUUCUGAAAAUAUAAUUACAAUUAAAUUUUGUAAUUGUAUUAAAGCAGAAAGGUGUUAUUUUUCAAAUUAUUUAAAUUCAUUACCACUAAGUAAAAUCUGAAAAAGUAAGUAAAAUUAAAGAGAAUUAAUUACGUUACCUGUCAUGAAGAUCAAAUUCAGCAACAGGAGUUUAUGCCUGUUGACACAUAUUUCAUAUUUUGUAACUGCAUUCCAUCCAUUACUUUCCUGAUAUCAUUUUAUAUUUUGCUAAUUUUACAUCUUGCAAAACAAACACUUUGUGCAAUAAGCAUACACAUACAUAUGUUUUAAAAAUAUAACUUUAAUACACAUAAAUUUUUUGAUAAAAUUAAAAUAUAAAGGUGUUGCUUUCAUAAUUAAAAUCGAGUAAGUUUUGAAAAGAAUUAAUAAUUAUGUUUCAGUAAUAACAAUUCAUUCCUGUUAAAAUAUUCUUCAUUUUUUGUAACGGCAUUCCAUACAGUUUUAUCUACACAAUUCUCUUCGCAAAAUAAAGUAUAGUCAUAAACUAAGUUAUAUCAGCAACAUUAAAAAAUAAAAUUACAUAAAUUUGAUUAAAUUUUGGAAUUAUACACAAUAUAUAACAUAACACUUUACACCCAUUCACUGAAUUACAAAUAUACAAGACAAAUUAAAAACAAAUAUGAUUAUCUAAACAUAUGUUUCAAAAAAGAGUUAUAUUUUUUCUUCAAUAAAUACAAAUGAUUAGUCAA